GUGGGGAACUAUCCUGAGCUCCAAAGUGGGAACAGCCUCUCACCUCCAAAAUAGGAACAGCCUGGACUCGGAACUCUCCUGAGCUCCAAACUGGGAACAGCCCCUCCCCUCUAGACCAGGAGCAUCAGCAUCCUCAGCCCAUAAUUAGUGUCAUAAGCAGAGCAGAGGGUGAGAAGGGUGAGAACAUUCAAGCCCUGCAGAGGGAGAGGCGAUGGGGAUGAAGAGCUGGGAUUUUGGGUUCUCCUUGUCUGGGGUUUUGGGCUCAGCAGGAAUUGACCUCUCUGCUGGAGAUGCUCUGGUUUCUGGGUCCUCAUCCCAGUGAGGGGGUUUCUCUGUCAGCUCUGAAAUCCAAGAGAGUCUGACAGGGCCGAAAGGCUGUGAUGAAGAACCAGGGGGUGGAGACCAAAGGAGCCCCACGUCCCUCUGGUGCUUCCAAAACGAGCAGCGGGAUGGGGCUGGAGGAGGGAGACUCACCCGAGGCUGCAGCACCCCCAGAAGCUCCCCUCACUCAGGAGGACUCCAAGUCCUCCCAGGAUGUGUCCGAGGAGCUGAGCCGGCAGCUGGAGGACAUCCUGAGCACCUACUGUGUGGAUGCCAGCCAGGAGGGCCCGGCGGAGGACGGCGGGCACGGGGAGCCCCCCGAGCCCGAGGAGCCCGACAAGGGCUGCCCCGAGUCCCCCCGGAACGGGGAGCAGGAGCCGGGCGGCCCCGAGAUGAACGGGGAGAAGGAGAACUCCAAGGGCACCGAGGAGGGCGGCGACAGAGACCAGAAGAAGGCUCAGGAGAAGAAGAAAGCCAAGGGUUUAGGCAAGGAAAUCACUUUGCUGAUGCAGACACUGAACACCCUGAGCACAUCAGAGGAGAAACUGGCAGCUCUGUGCAAGAAAUACGCUGAGCUGGUGAGUCCCUCUGGGGCUGGGGGGUGACACAGCAGCUCAGGGAGGCAGGAGGGACAUUCCAGGAACACCCUGGAGCUUUGCAGGAAGGGAAAGGCCCAGAGUCCCUUCCUGAUGGAUAUAAGGAAUAGUGGGAGGCUGGGCGGGCUCGGAGCAUCCCUUUGGUGACGUGUCCCUCCCAUCCCUGCCCUCCUCACGCAGGAGGAGGGUGUCCAGCGCGCCCGGGAGGAGGAGGAGAAGAGGAAGGAGGUGACAUCCCACUUCCAGGUGACGCUGAACGACAUCCAGCUCCAGAUGGAGCAGCACAACGAGAGGAAUUCCAAGCUGCGCCAGGAGAACAUGGAGCUGGCAGAGAGGCUCAAGAAGCUCAUCGAGCAGUAUGAGCUGCGGGAGGAGCACAUUGACAAGGUGUUCAAGCACAAGGAGCUGCAGCAGCAGCUGGUGGAUGCCAAACUCCAGCAGGCCCAGGAAAUGCUGAAGGAGGCAGAGGAGAGGCACCAGCGGGAGAAGGACUUUCUGCUGAAGGAAGCUGUGGAAUCACAGAGGAUGUGUGAGCUGAUGAAGCAGCAGGAGACCCACCUCAAGCAGCAGCUGGCUCUCUACACAGAGAAGUUUGAGGAAUUCCAGAACACCCUUUCCAAAAGCAGUGAAGUGUUCACAACGUUUAAACAGGAGAUGGAGAAGAUGACCAAGAAGAUCAAGAAGCUGGAGAAGGAGACCACCAUGUACCGCUCCCGCUGGGAGAGCAGCAACAAGGCUCUCCUGGAGAUGGCAGAGGAGAAAACCCUCCGGGACAAGGAGUUGGAGGGGCUGCAGGUGAAGAUCCAGCGGCUGGAGAAGCUGUGCCGGGCCCUGCAGACGGAGCGCAACGACCUCAACAAGAAGGUGCAGGACCUGUGUGCCCACACGGACCUGGCAGAGCCUCUGAAGGACCCAUCCCGGGACAGCUCCGACUGUCCCAGCUCGGGAAAGGCCACGCACAGCCCGGAUCCUGCAGAGAGCCUGGGGGAACUGAGCCCAGGAGCCACAGGGCAGAGCGGGACUGAGGAGGGACCUCGGGGCACUGACUGAGCCCCUGCAGGGCACAGGGGUGGGCACAGGGAGGGGGACCUGGAUGUGCAGACUCCAUCUGAUGCCCCUCUCCCGCUCCUGGGACAGGUGGAAAAGGACAGGACAGCCCUCCUGGGGAUGUGAGAUUUCCUAGCUUUUAGGUUUUUUUUU